AUCAGUUAAAUGAUUAGUAAUUAAAUCAAUAUGAUUAAACUAAUAUCGUAUGUUUAUUAGUCAUAAUUACAAUUAAUUUAAAACUAUUAAUAUUGUGUAAAAACUUUUAAAUAAUUUGUUUGUAUUUUAGUAAUAUUAUUAACAUUUCAUAUAAAUUUUAUAAUAAUUCGCAAGUAUGAAUUUAGUGUCUUUGAACGAGUCUGAAAAAGUGUAUAUUAUUCAUGGAGUUGAGGAAAAUUUUCGCUGUGAUGGUCGUAGUCGGCAAGAUUACAGACCUAUGGAAUUAGAAAUGGACAUUGUUAGUAAUGCUAAUGGUUCAGCACGUCUUCGUUUAGCGAAUUCUGACAUUUUAGUUUGUGUGAAAGUAGAAAUUGAUAGUCCUCUACCUGAAACUCCAAAAGAUGGUAAAAUAGAAUACUUUGUUGACUGCUCUGCUAAUGCAACUCCUGCAUUUGAAGGAAGAGGUGGAGAACAGCUUGCUGCUGAACUUAGUCGCUUUCUUUAUUUAGCUCAUAGUCCAAUUUUAAAUUUAUCUAAAUUAUGCAUUGUUUCUGGUCAAUCUUGUUGGAAAUUAUUUGUUGAUGUUCUUAUUCUUGAAUGUGGAGGAAAUUUGUUUGAUGCAGUAUCAUUAGCCGCUAAAGCAGCUUUAUGUAAUACAAGUUUACCAAAUAUUACAGGAACUUAUGAGGAUGGAAAAAAUGUAGAUUUACAAAUAUCUGAUGAUCCAUUUGAUGCCAAACCUCUUGAAGAGGCUGGAGAUUUACCAGUUUUAGUUUCUUUAUGCAAAAUUGGUAAUAACUAUGUAGCUGACCCAACUAUAGAAGAAGAAAUAUGUGGAGCUGGAUGUGUAGUUGUAUCUGUUACUCCUAAAGGAAAUAUAUCUGGUAUAUUAAAAAAAGGAGCUGGAAGUUUUAUGCCAGAUACAUUAAAUGAAAUAAUUAUGUCUGGUUCACAUAUUGGUAUUCUAUUAAACAAAGCACUAGAAGAGACUCUAGCUCAAGACAAAUUAAAUACCAUUAAUAAAAAACAAUUUGGUUUUUUGAAAUAAUACAAUUGCUAUUAUUAAGUAUUAAUAAAUUAUAUAUUUGUAAAUAUUAAAAAAUAUAUAUUUUUUUCAA